AUGCCGCGGCGGCCGAAUAGAGCGAGGGCUCCGCCUCUUGCCCCUGAUCAGGUGUCCAACUUUCACGCUUUGAUUCAAAAUGGUGACGUCGUUGGAGUGAAAAACCAAAUUUCAUCAACGCCGCGCCUUGCCAAUUCAAAAGAUGCUCGAGGUUACACGCCUCUCAUGGCUGUCGUAGCUUCAGAAUCACCAUUGCAGAGCCAGGUCCAACUCAUCGACAGUCUCAUGCAGAAAGGAGGAGCCUCGCUUGGUACGCGAGGCCCGGACAGAUGCAACGUCCUGUUGUUGGCAUGUGAAGCAGGGUCUCAUCCAGAGGUCAUUGACUGCCUUCGUCGGUGGAACUCCAAGCGAGGUGGAAACCAAGUGCGUUGGAAUCAGUGCAACGAUUGCAAAGACGGGCCAAUAGUUCUAGCUGCGAAAUCCGGAUCGUUUGCUCUUUUAUCUCAUCUGCUCUCCCUGGCUGAGACUGACACAUCGAGCGAUUUCUCUGGAGGAUCCGAUAGCAACGCCCCCGUUAAGGUUUUGGAUGCUGCCAUCAAAACAGACAACGAGGAGAUGGUUCUGUUUGUUCUUCGCCAUAAAAGAUUCAAAGACAGAAUCAGUGAUGUAGAGAUCUACUACGACGACGACUCGGACGACGACUGCUAUGGCAGGGGUACUCCUGACUCUGUCACUGUCGAUGACUGUGUUCGAGAGGCUUGCGAGCGCAAGUUGUUUGAAGCCGUUUGUGAAAUCUCAGCUCAGAAUCUUCACAAUCAGAUGGUCCGUACUCAGAUCUGGUUGUGCUGGCGUAAGACCCAGGUUGAGCUCGAAGCCCAAGGUGACGCCGCGACGGAAUCGACCACUGAGAUGCCCCCAAGACAGAUCGAGGAUGUUGCGAGGAAACGCCAGGGAGAUCUCGUUCACAAAUACAACCCAAAGUUGCUCCCUCUUCUAUUGGCAAGAUCGAGGUACUCGAAGGGUACCGCGGUCAGCAUGGGCGACGAGCUUGCCCAAUCCAUGGCAAAAUGUGAAGAAGACAUCUUCCGUCGGAUUGCAGAAUACUGUUUCAUUCUGAGCCCAAAGAAACUUGAGAAGGAAGUAGAGCGUGACAUUCAUUUUCAGAAGCACGCCGAAUGGUGCUGUGAAUGUGAAGGAUGGUUCUUGCCAUGGUCGUGCGAUUGCAUGCGGUACAAUGGGUAUUCCAGCUGA